CCCGCUGUAUGCCUACGGUCGAAACGCUGAUGUGAGAUACCAAAGACGGCCGGAGGUGAGGCAACGGCCGCGGUGCCAAGAAAAUGGCGAAGGACGCGAUUCUAGGGUUCCUCCAGGCCGACGACGGGAUCACCGACUCCCACGAGUUCACCGCCGUUGACGGAGUCGACCAUACUGAGCUCGAGAAAGUCAUCAAGGGUCUCAAUGGCUUUGAGGUCGUCGAGGCCAACGCCUUUCAAUCUCCCAACCCUGGUCUUUAUUAAUUGUCUCUUGAGGAUUCCUACAGGAAAUUUAAGAAGGACAAUUAUCUUUUUAGCGAAGAGGGGAAACUGUAUGCGGUUAAAGGAUCGCCGGAGGUCAACUUCUUCUUGGCCGUACCUCCGAGGGGAUUUCCUUGGAAAAUAUGAAGGCAAGAUUGGAUACCUAGGUUUUCAGUAUUGGGUCAUCAUGGGCUAAAAAGAAUGAUCGAAUUGAGAUUGCCAGGGGAUCUGUAUCUAGAAAGGUAAAAUUUCACCACCCUUCUUGUUCUCUUAUUGAUGGAAUGCCCUUUUUGUUCUUUUAUCUUUACUAUCGUUUACUCAAAUGCUUGAAUUUGUUGUAUUUGGUUGAUAUGAACAUGUCAAGGCUUUAUGUGUUAGUUCUGUUUCGUAUGCAUUGUGAACCUAUGUGUAUUUACACUUACCAAACCUGUAUUCGAAGGGCAGUCAGUAUUGCCAAUGCAGUCAGUAUACCAAACCUGUAUUUGAGGUCGUCGAGGCCAACGCCUUUCAAUCUCCCAACCCUGGUCUUUAUUAAUUGUCUCUUGAGGAUUCCUACAGGAAAUUUAAGAAGGACAAUUAUCUUUUUAGCGAAGAGGGGAAACUGUAUGCGGUUAAAGGAUCGCCGGAGGUCAACUUCUUCUUGGCCGUACCUCCGAGGGGAUUUCCUUGGAAAAUAUGAAGGCAAGAUUGGAUACCUAGGUUUUCAGUAUUGGGUCAUCAGGGGCUAAAAAGAAUGAUCGAAUUGAGAUUGCCAGGGGAUCUGUAUCUAGAAAGUUAUCAUGAAGGUUUGAAGAAAUGGGUGGAGGUUGGGAACUCUGGCAUGUUCACACCUGAAAUGGUGCUCCCUAUGCACGGGGUUUCCCUUGAGAGAUGCUGAGAAUUCAUCUUCUUCGGUUGUGUCAGUGAGGAAACCAAGCAAGUAGCUGAAAGAAAGAGAGGACACUCGAAGACGGUCCUCUUGAGCUAAACCGAGGUCCAACUUACAAGGUCAGUGUUCUUCUAUUUGUCCUUCCUGGUAAAUAUUCGCUAUGUUUAUAGGUUACAUACAUCUGGUAUAUGCCUUAAUGAUUAGGGUUGUCUUCUUGCUCAUAGACUGACUGGUUGACUCCGUGUAGUCUUCUUCUAUCCAUGGUAGGCUUACUGACCCAUAUAAAAAGGAAUAAAUAUCUAAGACAAUUUAACUACAAGUUGAAGUUUUCUAGUACAUGAUAAAAUUUUACCAUAACUCGAGAUGGAUAUGAAAGAAGCCCUGCAAUGAGCCUCUUUUAUUCACAUGAUGAGGUCUCUUUCAAGUCUUCUAAUCUUUUCCCCGCCCAAAGGUAUAAAUGAUAGAUGAGUCCCAACUGCAAAUGGGUUCUGUUGAACGUGCCCACCACAUGUUAACUCUCAUCUUUCUCACAUAUCUCCAUGGCUUUUUUUUUUUUUAUUAAAACUCAAAAAGUAUUCUGAAAACAAAGAUAAUGACAUCAUAUGCCUCUUAAAAUUACCUUCCCAAAAGCUACAAAAUUAGCCUAUGUGCCUCAUUAUUAUAGGCUCGAUGUAUAUGUUGGCAGUUAAACAAACAUGUAUCACUGUGCAGAUUGCAAAGGUGCCAAGGCACCACCCUAGUAUGACCAUUGACAAAACUGAUGCAUUCAUUCCAUAGACACUGUACAAAUCACUAUAUUCCUCCAGUCUCGAUGUUUUGCCUCGUCAAAGGCAGCCAGCUUGCAUGUCCAGAGUAGUUACCAGUACAUUCUUGGUUUUGACUACAUAUCUCCAAUUUGUUGGCAAACCCAUGUUUUAGAUUACAUUAUGUAGUAGUUAACGGGCACACAUGCAUGCACAGUACGUAGCCACGUGCAGAGACACAACCCAUCCAAUAGUUGACUCUUAAUAUUCUCCUUUUUUAUUUUUUUUUAUUUUUAAAGAUACUGACUAACUUAGCUAAGUAGUAAAUUAACUUGGACAUGACAUAUAUAUAUAUAUAUAUAUAUAUAUAUAUAUAUAUAUAUAUCAGUUAAGUUUGGAUAUAUUUGCCCAGUGAUAAUGAACAUGAAACAUUGAUGGCCCCAUUUAUAUACUUCCUCUCUUGAACCUGCGUCUGAUAGCAAAAAUUUGGGCCAUGGACAUACAAGACCACCAAAGGGAGAGAGUGAAGACAGCUAGUGAAGGUAAUAAGGGUGGUGUUGUUCCUCCACCACCCCCACCAUCAUCAGCAGCUGCUUCCCCUUCUCAUGAGUUCUCCUUCACCAUCUCCUUCCACCCUCCACUAAGCUCAGCACCAAAGACCCUCAAAAGCAGCAAGGCCACGGCCACUUCCGCCGUCGACUUGGCCCCGGCUGACGACAUCUUCCUUCACGGCCACCUCCUCCCCCUCCACCUGCUCCCUUCCCCGACCAGCCCUCCCCGCCCCUCGGACAUAACCUUCGAAAACUUCGGCCUCACUGUCGACGACGCCGACGCCGACCGAAGCCAGAAGCAUGAGGCCGGCGUCGACCACGAAGACGGCGGCGGUAAGAACAGGGAGAAAGCCAAGGGCAGGAGCUUGUCUUCCUUCUUUGGCUUCGGGUGGUUGAGGAGGAGGAACGGCGAUGGAGAGAAAGAGGAGGACUUCAAGAAGAAGCCGCAGAAGAAGAAAAGAGGGUUCGACGUUGGCCGGCUUCUGAGGAAGUACGCGAGAAUCGUGGAGCCGCUCUUCUUCCUCCGGGCGGAGAAGGAGAAGCCCGACCUCCGUCGGAGGCCGUACUCCUUCUCCGGCCACUCCACCGGUAGGGAACGGGAGGGGUGGCGGAGUAAGUCGCAGCUGUCUGCGCCGGACUCCACGACGACGUCUCGGACCAACAGCGGCCUCCUCUCCGCCACAUCCAUGGCCUUCUCUUCCUCCGACAACAGCACCAUGGAGGAGCUGCAGAGCGCGAUCCAGGCGGCCAUCGCGCACUGCAAGAACUCCAUUGCUUCCAAGCAGGAGAUGCAUGUAAACGCCGCGACUAGGUAGUAAAUUUGUGUGCAGCGUAAGAACCGAUGGCACGUAGAAACUGUGCAGGUGAUGUAGAUGAUUGAGAUGUGUCUCUGUGCAAGAACAUGUCACUGAAGAGACAAUUCAAUCUUCAAUUAAAGGAUUUGUUCUUUUAA